AUGGGCCUUUCACUUCAUCUGUCCUGCCUAACACUCCUUGACCCUACAGGCCUUUCACUUCAUCUACCCUCCCUUACACUCCUUGACCCUACAGGCCUUUCACUUCAUCUGCCCUCCCUUGCACUCCUUGACCCUACAGGCCUUUCCCUUCAUCUGCCCUCCCUUACAGUCCUUGACCCUACAGGCCUUUCCCUUCAUCUGCCCUCCAUUACACUCCUUGACCCUACAGGCCUUUCACUUCAUCUGCCCUCCCUUAAACUCCUUGACCCUACAGGCCUUUCGCUUCAUCUGCCCUCCCUUACACUCCUUGACCCUACAUGCCUUUCGCUUCAUCUGCCCUCCCUAAAACUCCUUGACCCUUCAUGCCUUUCACUUCAUCUGCCCUCCCUUACACUCCUUGACCCUACAGGCCUUUCACUUCAUCUGCUCUCCCUUACACUCCUUGACUUUGCAGGCCUUUCACUUCAUCUGCCCUCCCUUACACUCCUUGACCCUACAGGCCUUUCACUUCAUCUGCCCUCCCUUGCACUCCUUGACCCUACAGGCCUUUCCCUUCAUCUGCCCUCCCUUACAGUCCUUGACCCUACAGGCCUUUCCCUUCAUCUGCCCUCCCUUACACUCCUUGACCCUACAGGCCUUUCACUUCAUCUGCCCUCCCUUACACUCCUUGACCCUACAGGCCUUUCGCUUCAUCUGCCCUCCCUUACACUCCUUGACCCUACAUGCCUUUCGCAUCAGCUGCCCUUCCUCACACUCCUUGACCCUACAGGCCUUUCCCUUCAUCUGCCCUCCCUUACACUCCUUGACCCUACAGGCCUUUCACUUCAUCUGCCCUCCCUUACACUCCUUGACCCUACAUGCCUUUCGCUUCAUCUGCCCUCCCUUACACUCCUUGACCCUACAGGCCAUUCCCUUUAUCUGCCCUCCCUUACACUCCUUGACCCUACAGGCCUUUCCCUUCAUCUGCCCUCCCUUACACUCCUUGACCCUACAGGCCUUUCACUUCAUCUGCCCUCCCUUACACUCCUUGACCCUACGGGCCUUUCACUUCAUCUGCCCUGCCUAACACUCCUUGACCCUACAGGCCUUUCACUUCAUGUGCCCUCCCUUACACUCCUUGACCCUACAGGCCUUUCACUUCAUCUGCCCUCCCUUGCACUCCUUGACCCUACAGGCCUUUCCCAUCAUCUGCACUCCCUUACAGUCCUUGACCCUACAGGCCUUUCCCUUCAUCUGCCCUCCAUUACACUCCUUGACCCUACAGGCCUUUCACUUCAUCUGCCCUCCCUUACACUCCUUGACCCUACAGGCCUUUCGCUUCAUCUGCACUCCCUUACACUCCUUGACCCUACAUGCCUUUCGCUUCAUCUGCCCUCCCUCACACUCCUUGACCCUACAUGCCUUUUGCACCAGCUGCCCUCCCUCACACUCCUUGACCCUACAGGCCUUUCACUUCAUCUGCCCUCCCUUACACUCUUUACACCUACAGGCCUUUCACUUCAUCUGCCCUCCCUUACACUCCUCGACCCUACAGUCCUUUCACUUCAUCUGCCCUGCGUAACACUCCUUGACCCUACAGGCCUUUCCCUUCAUCUGCCCUCCCUUACACUCCUUGACCCUAUAGGCCUUUCACUUCAUCUGCCCUGCCUAACACUCCUUGACCCUACAGGCCUUUCACUUCAUCUGCCCUCCCUUACACUCCUUGACCCUACAGGCCUUUCACUUCAUCUGUCCUCCCUUACACCCCUUGACCCUACAGGAUUUUCACUUUAUCUCCCCUCCCUUACACUCCUUGAUCCUACAUGCCUUUCACUUCAUCUGCCCUCCCUAACACUCCUUGACCCUACAUGCCUUUCACUUCAUCUGCCCUCCCUUACACUUCUUGACCCUAUAGGCCUUUCACUUCAUCUGCCCUCCCUUACACUCCUUGACCCUACAGGCCUUUCACUUCAUCUGCUCUCCCUUACACUCCUUGACUCUGCAGGCCUUUCACUUGAUCUGCCCUCCCUUACACUCCUUGACACUACAGGCCUUUCACUUCAUCUGCCCUGUCUAACACUCCUUGACCCUACAGGCCUUUCCGUUCAUCUGCCCUCCCUAACACUCCUUGACCCUACAGGCCUUUCACUUCAUCUGCCCUCCCUUACACUCCUUGACCCUACAAGCAUUUCACUUCAUCUGCCCUCCCUUACACUCCUUGACCCUGCAGGCCUUUCACUUCAUCUGCCCUCCCUUACACUCCUUGACCCUACAUGCCUUUCACUUCAUCUGCCCUUCCUUACACUCCUUGAUCCUACAGGCCUUUCACUUCAUCUGCCCUGCCUAUCACUCCUUGACCCUACAGGCCUUUCACUUCAUCUGCCCUCCCUUACACUCCUUGACCCUACAGGCCUUUCACUUCAACUGCUCUCCCUUACACUCCUUGACCCUGCAGGCCUUUCACUUCAUCUGCCCUCCCUUACACUCCUUGACCCUGCAGGCCUUUCACUUCAUCUGCCCUCCCUUUCACUCCUUGACCCUACAGGCCUUUCACUUCAUCUGCCCUGCCUAACACUCCUUGACCCUACAGGCCUUUCACUUCAUCUGCCCUCCCUUACACUCCUUGACCCUACAGGCCUUUCACUUCAUCUGCCCUGCCUAACACUCCUUGACCCUACAGGCCUUUCACUUCAUCUGCCCUCCCUUACACUCCUUGACCCUACAGGCCUUUCCCUUCAUCUGCCCUCCCUUAAACUCCUUGACCCUACAGGCCUUUCACUUCAUCUGCCCUCCCUUGCACUCCUUGACCCUACAGGCCUUUCCCUUGAUCUGCCCUCCCUUACAGUCCUUGACCCUACAGGCCUUUCCCUUCAUCUGCCCUCCCUUACACUCCUUGACCCCACAGGCAUUUCACUUCAUCUGCCCUCCCUUACACUCCUUGACCCUACAGGCCUUUCACUUCAUCUGCCCUCCCUUACACUCCUUGACCCUACAGGCCUUUCACUUCAUCUGCCCUCCCUUACACUCCUUGACCCUGCAGGCCUUUCACUUCAUCUGCCCUCCCUUACACUCCUUGACCCUGCAGGCCUUUCACUUCAUCUGCCCUCCCUUACACUCCUUGACCCUACAUGCCUUUCACUUCAUCUGCCCUUCCUUACACUCCUUGAUCCUACAGGCCUUUCACUUCAUCUGCCCUGCCUAACACUCCUUGACCCUACAGGCCUUUCACUUCAUCUGCCCUCCCUUACACUCCUUGACCCUGCAGGCCUUUCACUUCAUCUGCCCUCCCUUUCACUCCUUGACCCUACAGGCCUUUCACUUCAUCUGCCCUGCCUAACACUCCUUGACCCUACAGGCCUUUCACUUCAUCUGCCCUCCCUUACACUCGUUGACCCUACAGGCCUUUCACUUCAUCUGCCCUGCCUAACACUCCUUGACCCUACAGGCCUUUCACUUCAUCUGCCCUCCCUUACACUCCUUGACCCUACAGGCCUUUCCCUUCAUCUGCCCUCCCUUAAACUCCUUGACCCUACAGGCCUUUCACUUCAUCUGCCCUCCCUUGCACUCCUUGACCCUACAGGCCUUUCCCUUCAUCUGCCCUCCCUUACAGUCCUUGACCCUACAGGCCAUUCCCUUCAUCUGCCCUCCCUUACACUCCUUGACCCCACAGGCCUUUCACUUCAUCUGCCCUCCCUUACACUCCUUGACCCUGUUAGAGAUUAA